AUGCCUCGGAGGCAAGCAGGCGAUCAAGUCUCGAGCAAAACUGGAGUAGCUACCGAUACGGCCGACGCUAAGACCUACAACCCGUGUCUUCACCAGGCAAGCAUUGAUCUUGACGACUACUUCACUGGCCCCCGUGACAUUCAGAAACACUCUAAAUGGCCUCUUUUCAUGAGGCUUCAUGGCAGUAUCCUUCCCAAGCUUAUUGUGCCCAUUACUUUCAUCGCUCUAUGGUCUACCGGCAUUACUUGGAUUCAUAAAGAGGGCCCCUCCAUCAGCCUUGGUACUACUAACGUCCUCCUCACCGUGAUCGGUUUCGUCGUCGGUCUUGGGCUUUCCUUCCGGAGCUCGACUGCCUACGAGCGUUAUGCGGAGGGGCGCCGGUACUGGAGUCAGCUAACUGUGACCUGCCACAACCUCGCGCGGACUAUCUGGGUUCAUGGCAAAGAGCGUCCAAAUUCUGCCAAAGAGGACGUGCUCUCCAAACUUACCGCCAUAAACUUACUCGUCGCUUUUGCUGUUUCUCUAAAACACAAGCUUCGAUUUGAGCCUUAUGCGAACUACAAGGACUUGCAAAGUCUUGUCGAGCACCUUGAUACCUUUGCUCAACAGGCUUCAAAUGAUGACAACGACCAUUCCAGGAGCAAAGGGAUAUUGAAGCGGAUCGGCGUCAAAGAGAAGUAUUGCUUUCGGUACUGUUAA